AUUGGCGCAAAGUCAGCGUAUCAGUUGGGACAAAGGGCGGAUGCGCUGAUCAGCAUGGCGCCCAAUCCGAUUUGGGAAGCUGAAGCAGUUCAACAGUUCAUUAGCGGCGUCUUCUUGCCUGUGAGUUACACAAACGACAAUGCCAUGCAGACCGCAGGUAUCGAUCCGGGGUUCCACUCCGAUAUAAAUCGUGAGCGUUCCGUUUCUCCUUCUCAGAAAUUGAGUUGGAUUGAAGUGCUCGACGAGGCUGGAAUACAUAGUGCCCACGAGACGGUACCAAGCAUGUCGAACGACGGAUCAGCCAUGGAAAUCGAGACGGUCGAAAGCUUUCUCGCCAACAACGAAAAUGAAAAGAACGCGACAAUCAGUAACGGCUCGCAGAAAACAGGAUUCAUCAAUGGCGAACGAGCAGCACUGUUCCACCACGCUUCCAUGCUGCGAGGCAAGACACCAGUCAUCACUUAUAACGAGGUAUCACCGCAGUUGUUCAUUGCUCGAGUCGAAGUCGAAAAUGAACUUUUGGGCGAAUCAGGCCCAUGCACGACGAAGAAAGCGGCCAAGGAUGAGGUCUGUGGCAUUGCACUCUUACCGUUCGAGGCCAAAUACCCCAUCAUCAAUGGCAAAGGAAAGAAGAAAACUCCCACAGAGCAACCUCAUCUGGAAGAGGAUCUGACCGAGAUUCUCGCCGAGAACUGGAUCGGAGAACUUAACAGCUUCGCCCAAAUUCAACGCCUUGGUGCACCAGUCUACGACGACUACGCCGAAAACUUCUCAAUGGGCCCGUUCUCUUGUACCGUUACUGUUCCCGGGCUCUCCUCUGAGAAAUUCGGCACGGGCAAAGGUCCAUUCCGCCAGAAAGCAAACGCCAAAAAGGCCGCAGCCAUGGACGCCAUCCGAUGGAUCCGCGCAAACAGCGCUCAGACGGUGAAGUCACCCUCCGUCAAGCCAUCAUCACAGACCCCACAAGUCCUCUCCAAGCAAAGCAUCUCAUCGCCUUCUUCUCCAACGUCUGGCAACGAUAAAUUGCAGCUCGACGACCAUACGCUGCCUCAGCGCGCCAAUACCCUAGCCACAUCCCUCGGCAUCAGCCCUCCCGGAUAUGACAUCGUACCUUUGGGUGAUGGCUUCUGCCAGGCUUCGGCCAGAUUCUCACCCAAGGACGUUAGAUAUCAUCCGGAGUUGUUGGGUCAGGUGGGUAAGGUGGAGAGGGUCUAUGGCAGGAAGACGGCCAAGGUGGAGAGUGCGAGGGAGGUCAUUCGGAUUUUGGAGGACAUCCAGAAGAGGAGAGAUAGGGCGAGGUGAUGCAUCACGGGUGGAUAUUCAAUUUCUUCAUCGGGAAUUGACAUAUGUUCGUGUGCUUCAUGAUGACUUGAUGUGGGUGGAUAUACGGUGAUGAUAAAUGUCCUUUUUGAGUCAUGACAAUUCAGCCAAAUGAACGCUUUUGCAAUAUCGAAUUUUUGUGAGAUUCGGCGUCCUUCUUACGAACACCGAAUAAACGGCCUGGAAAUAGUUGCCGUCCGCUAUCUUUGGUUGAUGAGUGAGGUUAUCAUUCAGAUGAUGCAGGUACAACAAUAUGCAUAUGCC